CGAUUACCUCUCUGCUCUCAACCAUGUCGGCAUAUCGACCUCGCGACGAUAUAAAAGCCAGGUUCGAGAGGGGAUGAAGGGCAAAAGCAAACCUACCUCACUCAUCCCAAUAUCUACAUCCCACCCUCAACCCAUCGACUCAUGUCUUCUUACUCCUCCUUCGCAGUCAUCGGUGCUGGCACUCUCGGUGGACCCAUCCUGGCUGCCCUCGCUGCCCAACCCUCGUCGAAAGUCAUACUUCUCUCUCGCAGCACGUCAAAGACGGUCCCUGCGAAUGUACAGGUCGCUCAAGUCCCGUCGUACGACGACAUCCCUGCUGUCACCGCCGUACUCAAGGCGCACAACGUCGACGUGAUCGUAUCCACGCUGACGUCGACGGCAAUUUCUGUACAGCUGCCUCUCGUCGACGCGGCGAAACAGGCUGGCAUCAAGCUGUUCGUGCCGUCCGAGUUUGGCUCCUCGACGGAGGGACACACGGAGGGUCCUUUGAGCGAGAAGAACAAGAUCAUCGAAAAGCUCCAGAGCGUCGGCGUGCCGUAUCUCCGCAUCUUUGUCAGUGCUUCUGUGCUCUGCCCUACUUUGGAUCCUGAUGUAAAACUGCAGAAUGGGUUGUUCAUCGAGUUUGCCCCCUGGGUCGUAAACUACAAUGCCGAGGCCAAGAAGCUUUAUGUGGUCGGUGAAUCGGAGGGUCCUGUGUCGGCCACGUCGAUCGGAGACGUUGCUGGCUAUCUCGCACAUGUCCUCACCCACCAGCCUCCCUCCGCCCUCGAGAACCAAAUUCUGCGUAUUGAGGGCCAGCGCAUCCCGGGCUACCGCUCCCUUGGGUCGCUCUUCGGUGCGCAAGUCGAGACGGUCGAGACGAUGGAGGGAGAGAUGGCCGGGUUCAAGACAUUCCUGAUGAGUCUGGCUGACCAAGGUCUCGCGACGACGGGCUGCGGUGUCAAAGGUGUGUCUGACGAAGAGGCGUCCAAAAGUGGAAACGCGCUGUGGCCGGGUCACCAGUGGAAGACUGUCAAGGAUGUGUUCGGUCUGUAGUCUACAUGCUCCCGAUGCACUUCAGACUCGAGCGUCAGAGCAAGCCCAAAUUCGGGUGUUGACCGCUUGCAUCAUAGAAAUUGAUUGAUUAUGACUCUGAGCUGACUGCUAGAUUUGUCUGAUCAACAGGUGUUUGCAUGUCUGGAGUUAUUAGGUCUGAGAAUCACAUCAAUCGUCAUGCGUCGCCGCAACACGGUCUCGUGACCGUUGCGUGAUGUC